GCGUCUGGUCCCAUCCUCCUUUGGGAGCGGGCAGUUCGCGACCCCGCGUCGAGCCGCUCACUUCUGUUCCGAGUCCGCGCGCUCUCAGAGGGUGCCUGGGCAGAUUGAAGUCAUGGCCAUUCUUUUUGCUCUUGUUGCCAGGGGAACCACUAUCCUUGCCAAACAUGCUUGGUGUGGAGGAAACUUCCUGGAGGUGACAGAGCAGAUUCUGGCUAAGAUAGCUUCUGAAAAUAACAAACUAACGUACUCAUAUGGCAAUUAUUUGUUUCAUUACAUCUGCCAAGACAGGAUUGUGUAUCUUUGUAUCACUGAUGAUGAUUUUGAGCGUUCCCGAGCCUUUAAUUUUCUAAAUGAGAUAAGGAAGAGGUUCCAGACUACAUAUGGUUCAAGAGCACAGACAGCACUCCCAUAUGCCAUGAAUAGUGAGUUCUCAAAAUCCAGCUAA